AGAAGCCGAGGUUCGCCGUGAUUGAGAGACACGUCGAAGCCGCAACUGGGGUCGACGUAGCAGAAUCAAGUCGAAGCGGUGUGUUGCUUUGAAAUCAGUACCUGAUUGAUAUACAAAAAGGCCAGUUCUCCUCUUGAUCUUUCGUACUUACCCAUUGACGUAUCCAUCCAACACGACUUCCUCACCACAUCAGACAUAUUCACCACCAAAGCCAAUAUGCCAGGCCAACAGACCCGCCAAUGGAUUCUCUCCAACCCACCCAAAGCCGACCCUGUCCUUGAAGGCAGCGACCCUACCUUCUCUCUCCAAAACACUACGCUUCCCACGCUUGGCUCUGACCAAGUCCUCGUCAAGACACUCUACAUCUCCAACGACCCUGCGCAACGAGGAUGGAUCCAACUAGGCGUAGAUCCUGAGCGUCUGUAUGUACCACCUGUCCAGAAAGGCGACGUUAUGCGUGCCUUCGCCGUCGCCGAGGUCGUCGAAUCAAACGCAGAUAGCUUGAAGAAGGGACAAUUGGUCAUAGGGUCGCUUGGCUGGACAGAAUAUGCUGUCGUUGGUGCAAAGGAGGUCAGGCCCGUCCAAGCAGACGAGAGCGCUGGUAUGCGACCAACGCACUUCCUCGGCUCGCUCGGUGCCACCGGUCUCACAGCCUACUACGGCCUCGUCGAUGUCGCACAGGCAACUGCAGACGAUGUCGUUGUCGUCUCCGGUGCGGCAGGCGCGACAGGAAACAUGGUCGUUCAAAUCGCCAAACAUCUCGUCGGCUGCAAGAGAGUCAUUGGUAUUGCUGGCGGGGAGAAGAAGUGCAAAUGGGUCGAGUCCCUCGGAGCGGACGUCUGCGUCGACUACAAGUCGCCAACCUUCAAGGAGGACCUCAAGAAAGCCACCGAGGGCUUCGUCGACGUCUACUUCGACAACGUUGGCGGCGAGAUCCUCGAGCUCAUGCUGGCACGCAUCAAGAAGCACGGGCGUGUUGCUGCGUGCGGCUCCAUUUCCACAUACAACAGCGACGGCGGGAACGGUAUCAGGAACUGGUUUGAGAUCAUUGCGAACCGGAUUCAAGUUCGGGGGUUCAUCGUCAUCGAUGCGUUCGAGUCGGGUAAGGCAGGGCCGUUCAUUCAGACACUCGUCCAGGGCGUCAAGGAUGGUAAGAUCAAGAUCGGUCCAGAGUCUGAGACACUGGUUCCUACCAGCUUUGAGGAUGUCCCCAAGACGUGGACUAUGCUGUUUAGCGGAGGCAACACAGGCAAGCUGAUUACUGAGCUCAAGGCUUGAAUCGAUGUAGACAUCUAGGGGUCAUAGAGACUCCCAACGAAAAAAAUGAUAUGACACGUCCACUGGAACGACUCAUGGGGUUCAUGAGUACGAAGCAUGCGACGUUGUACGAGCUGAAAUGUACUACCUCGAGUCAUAACCAAAAAAAAUUAUCGAUAUCCUGAAAUGUUCGUCG